UCUCCUUUCCCUGCUCUGGCCUCACAGGAGGAGUUGGCGGUAAGCCGUGGGCCUCACUGGCCUCAGCCAGAUUUCCCUGGCCAAACUCGGGAGGAGAGAUGCCCUGGACUGUCCUGCUCUUUGCAGCCGGCUCCUUGGCAAUCCCAGCGCCGUCCAUCCUGCUGGUGCCCCCACACCCCAGCAGCCAAGAAGACCCCAUCCACAUUGCCUGUGUCGCCCCUGGGGGCUUCCCGGGGGCAAAUUUCACACUGUACCGUGGAGGGCAGGUGGUCCAGUUCCUGCAGGCACCCGCAGACCAGCUUAGGGUCACUUUCAACGUGACUGGAGGUGACAGGGAGGCUCCAGGGGGCACAUUUUGCUGCCAGUAUGGAGUGCUGGCUGAGCACAGGCAGGAGCGGCUGUCGGACCUCAGCAAGCCCUUGCAAGUGUCCUUCCCAGGGCCCACUUGGAUACUGGCACUCUCCUUGAGCCUGGCUGGAGUCCUUCUCCUUGCUGGGCUGGUGACCGUUGCUGUGGUGGUCAGGAAAGUUAAAGUAAGAAAUUUGCAGAAGAAAAGAGAGCGAGAAUCCUGCUGGGCCCAGGUCAACUUCGCCAGCACAGAUAUGACCUUUGACAACUCUCUGUUUGCCAUCUCCAUGACAAUGAAUCCAGAAGAAGAUGCAGUCACCGUGGAUGCUUGCUCGGAUUCCACCGAGACACCUGGCAGCUCUGGGCCCCGGAAAAGGCCUACCUCCACAUCAUCCUCACCUGAGCCCCCCGAAUUCAGCACUUUCCGGUCCUGCCAGUGAGGCCGAGGAUCAGAGGCCCCUCUGUGUCUGUGCACUCUGCAUUCAGCCCUUCUUCAGGGCCUGAAAUCCCUCUAGCUACUUUGGGGUUUCUGUCUGCGUUCUCAGGGAAUUGGCAGAGGAGAUGAAGGGAGAAUCCUUGGCCUUGGGACCUUCCUCUCAGAGGAGCAGGAGUGAGUAAGGGGGCACAGACAUUGUCUUGGAGGCUGGACAGAAAGCAGGAAGACUCUCUUUGGAGUCCCAGUUUCUCAGACCACCUGGGAAAGGAGACGUUAGGAUCCCUGGGCCAUAGGAGGUCUGAGCCUCCACAUAAGCCUCUGGUUUCCUUCUCCCCUUGCUACAUCUACUUGACCAACCCAACCGGGUUUUUUGGAGCAUAGGGUA